AAUGUAUUCACAGGUGAUCGUGUCAUGAACCAUUUUUAGCACAAAAUGUCUUCUUUUGUUUUGAAUAACAUCGAACAAAGAUUCCCUGACAGGGGCAGUGAUGGAUUGUGAUGACCAGGUAGACAGCUUGGAGGGGUGGAUGGUGGUCAAGGAGGGCCCCUUUGCAGACACCGUCAACCCCCCAAAGUUCAACUUCUUGGUGUGUUGGAACGACGAUAAGAAGAAAAUAGCCAUCACUUGCAGGACUCACUGUCGUGUAGCAAGCGAUAAAGAUAACUUGAAGUCAAGGACGGGAAUUUUCUCCUUCCAUGAGUUAGAGGCAAUUCACAACUUACUCUGUCAUGUCCACCCUGCUUUAGGGCCUCAUUUACCAGUUCUUCCUGAAGAACCCAGGUCAUUAUGGACAUACCUUGGUUAUGAAGAGUGCAAUACAGAUUAUUCGCAUGUAUGUUAUCAAAUAGAGGAAUACCUAUGUUAUGCUUUAGAAAUUUGCAAGGAGAAACUUCUUAUGUCAACUCUGUUUGAAUAUGAAGAACAUUCAGCUGAAGAAUAUUUUGAAAACAUCAGUGAACUCCGUCGGCAAGGAUACGAUGAAGAAAUCAACAAGGUAGAAGAGGAGUUGAAGAAUGUGAUAUUUUUACGCACUAAUGCCAGUCACAUGACUGACAUGAAAGAUGUUUACAAGUCGGAGGAUAAAGCUGUGUUCAAACUGAACAUCGCCUUGGCCUCUCUGUAUAAUUACCUGUUGCAGCCAUUUCUGGAUGUCAGGGAGCUGGCCUACAGUCGUGUAAUGGAGGCGAAGGAACAGUUAGAAAACCCUGACGUUGGAGCACGUGUGAAGCGAGAGUAUGGGGAGAUGUUUACAGAGUGGCAAGCUCAUUACGAGGAAGCUCUUGACAAUAUUCAGAAAUAUUAUAUUGAGUAUUACACAAGAACUUCAAAGAUUUAUGAAGGUAUGUUAAAAAGAAUGCGAGAAGAUCAAACAAAGUUUGGGAAGACUGCAUUUCAAUUGAUUGGUGCUGAGAGAUUUUUUCGAAUAAAAGAAGAUCAUUCUUUAGAAUGUCUCCAGUUGCUAAAUAACGAGAAAAAGUUAUAUGUGCAAGAACGAGAUAAAGUGAAAGAAGAGAUUGCCUGCGUGGAGGAUAAACCAGGGGCCCUCACAGAGCUAGACAGAUUGGAGGGAGUUGUGUUCAACUGGCAAAUCAAGGUCCAGCAACAGCAAAUGGCGAUUCUGGAUGAGGAGGAGAGAUUGAUUCGAACUCAGAUGGAGGCUAUCACCAACCAGAUCAAAGCUGAUGAAGAUGUUCCUAUAUUUUAUGAUGCUGUUGAGGACGUAGAAGAACUGAGUUCUGACGAGGAGGCAGCCAGUAAAUCCUCCACAGACCCUCGAAUCGUAGUCCUACGGACUAAACUUUCCACCAUCACUCGCAAGAGGGCCAAGAUUAGGAAUGGCAAAGUUUCUCUGGAGAGAAAAUUCAAAUCAAAAGUUCAAAAGAAAAAAGAUGACGAGAUCCAGUUCAAACAACAUCAUGCAGUUCAAAUGAAAAAAGAAAUUAAAAAGGAGGAAGAAGAAAAGAAGAAAGAUUUCAUAUUAAACCAGCGUGUGAAAGCUAUCAAUCGCAUCAAGGAUUUCAAAAUUAAAUUCCCUGCACCUGAGACAAUAAAACCUCCAAGAUAUCAACCCCCUAGUCAGAAAAAGAACCUUCCCCAAGACUCGCCCCCAUCCCUGCCAGUCUGUGAUAAAACUUUUGUCAAAAAACCAAGCAGGCCAUUGACAAACUCUGAGAAAACUAUCCGAAUAACAAACACUGCCAAGAAGUCACCUAGUAAGCACAGCGGUAGUUCUGGGAAAAGUAAACCCCAACCACGGCCUAGAAAAUCUCAGGAUGCUGUGGAUUCUAUGCCAGUAACAAUUUACACUGCGGGAGGGGGAAGCAUGACACAAGACACUGUAGAUUCCGCUCCAUCACCGGUUCCCCCAAUCUGUGUUCCACCUCCUCCCCCUCCCCCUCCCAUGGUCCCACCCCCACCUCCACCCCCUCCUCCCCCUCCCCCACCACCUCCACCAUCAGGGGGCGGACCUCCACCGAAACUUGUGAUUGUGAAAAAGGAGAAGAAAGAAGAGAAAUCAAAAGGAGCUGGCCCCCCAGAUCUUGGUUCUAUAUUGGCGGGUAAAAGCAAGCUGAAACCAGUCAGUGAGAGUCAACAGAAGCAGAAACCAGUGACUGUGAACCCCAUGGACAGCAUUCUGAGUAUGAUCAAACAAGGUGUGAAGCUGCGGCCUGCAGAUAAGGACGAUAAGAGAUCCUCACAAGACUUAGACAUUUUGGAGACCCCCAGCGACAGCCAUAUGAGGCUCCUACAGGAGAGUCUGAGUCGCAUUAACAAGUUCACACGGGAAAGCUCACCCGAGUCCGAGGAAGACAGCGAUGAAGAGGAUUUAUUCGCCUGACAGAAUUCAAAUUUUAAACAUUAUCCUUAAUAUGAUUACACAAACGAAACUUGAAUUCAAUUUAUAGAAAGAGUUUUAAAUAUUGUCCCUCAUGUGCUUACAAAUGAAUGUGUCAUCAUUGUGAAGUACUGGUAUGCUGUUCUGUUUAUUUUUAUUAUUGAAAAACUUAAUUUGAGAAUUACAAUUAAUGUAAUUCGAAUAAGUACUAGUACAUGUAUUUGAAAAGAAGCUAAUAAUUAAGAGAAAUCUAUGUACAUGUUUAUGUUAAGCAAACUACCAUAAUUUAAAACAUUUGAAACUGAAUAAUUCAAGGUGCUAGAUAGAAGCCAUUAGGAUUUACUCUCCUCUUGUUAGCCAUUUAACGUACUGUUACGAGCCAACUUUCUUGUUUUUCAAAGGAUCAGGUUCCAUUGAAUAUUCUGCCAUUUUGAUUGUUCAUAUUUAUAAGUGUUAGUGUACCCUACGACCAAAAUUAAUGCCUGUUUUUAUUUCUAUGUAUGUAUUUGUUUUAUUAUUUUGUGUGAUUGUGAUACUUGAUUAUUUAUGAUUUAUUGGUUUUUUAUUGUACAUGUAGUGCUUAAAUAUACACAUACAGAUUAUAACAGCAGUUCAUGUACAUGUACAGAUGUUUACUUGGCAAAUUAUUUUUAAUGUUUACUUGUACAUGAACCUGCACAAUUGGAAUGAUUUAGUUUAUCUAUGCAGUAAAGACAGUAUCAAUCAAAGAAUUGAAAUAUUAUCAAAUAAGUUCAAAAAUUUUCAUGAACAUAUAAGUAAUCAACUUUCCAAUAUACAAAUGAUUUCAGUAUAUCUUCCAAUUCCUAAAAACGUAGUACAUUAUAAGCAAAUAAAUGUCCUGGCGAAAGUCAACAGCAGCUACCAAUAAUCUUCUACCAAUAACAGGUAACCAUGCACUUUUCACAAAUCAAAGCACACCAAUUAUAUUGAAAGAGAGAUACUCAUGAGAGUGUGAUAGCUCUAUUUUAUCAAUAUUUUAUUUAUUACAUGUAUUUGAUUUAAGACUUGUUUGAGAUAUAUCAAUUAGUAUGUUACCGUAAUUAAGUUCUAAAACCAUGCUUUCAAUCCUGUUUUCAGAGAAUUGGUACCUUAUGCUUAUCCUUCUCUGUAACUGUGUUUAGUCAACAUCAUAAAAAAUUAGACUUGUAAAUCACUCCUCUAAGAUAUGUCAGCAUAUAUUGUAGAGAAGUGGAUAUCCGAGUCAAAUUUUAAUGAGUUCAGAGAUUCUCUUGUGGAAAUAAAUUGGUGGACAUAGAUUGAUGUUUUUCUUCCACCAAAUCCCUCUCAAUAUCUGUUUGUAUCCCACUCAUUUCUUGUACUUUUGUUCAUGAUAGCCAGUGUAUGCAGUAGAGUUCACCAUAAUGUAUGUACACAAUCAUGUUAUAAUAGUAGGUAUUUCAUUUUUUAAUAGGACUCUUGUUGGUUUUGUGGUUUUUUUUUUGGUUGGCAUUUUAUGCUCUUGUAGUACCCAAGUGUUGUCUUAUUUAUAUUUGUUAUGAAAAUUGUUCAGUAGAACUUCCCUUUUCAUGCAGUUAAAGCAGCAAUUCAAAGUUUCACUGUUAAAUCAUGAAAAAUGAAAAUGUGCCUAUAAUAUAGGAGCAAUUUAAAUAUAAAAUGUGAAAUAGCUCUAUCAUGUUAUGUACCGGUAUGUAGUGAUUUAGAGUGUUUUGCUUUCAUCUUAACUUUUCAUAGUGUUCCUUGUUUGAAGAGAAUAGUGUUUCUAACAAUUUGUGUGUGAAAAGUGAAUGAAGUUUCCUGAAUAUUACAGAUUAACUAGGAUUAUCUUUAAUUCUCAAGUUUCUUGCAAUCCAAGUUAUUUUAUUCAGUCUGGGGUAAUAUUAAACUGCAUUCCUACAAUGCAUAUUAAAUCUGCACCAACAACUUUCAUGCAAAUAUUGAACUUCCACUUAAUACAAUGUAAUAUUAAAAUUAUUGAUUUGAUGUCUGUAAAUUAUUUCUAUUCAAUAAAGAUCGGAAUAAUA